AUGCCUCUUCAACAAUUCGCGUUGUGUUCUCCUACUGGGCUUCAUUUGCCGGUUCCCACGCACAGACGGCCAAUUCUCGUGCACACACGGUAUGCCAGGUUCUCCGUACGACUGUUACCAUGCAACUCAAUUUCGCCGGCUACCACAUGCGGUGCGCAUUUUGAGAGGCAAUUGCGCUCCAAUAACAUAGCAGACAGCAAUGCAGCUUCACGAACGCCUUCCGUCGGAUCUAUCUGGGCUGCGGAUCGGACCAUCAGGGUGCGAGCACAAGCCGUCACUGUUGCCGAUGAUUCUAACCCGUCUGCGUCAUCGCCCUCCUCUCCCUCCGUUCCGCUCCGCGCGGCAUUCUUCGAUGUGGAUGGGACAAUAACGAGCAGCAACGUGGUGGCCGCGUUUGUAGCACUUCGUCUGCGAGACAUGCCGCUGCUGCAGAAGGCGGUCUGGGUGCCGUGGUUCGCGCUCAAUGUGGUGCUAUACCUAAUUCUAGACCGGAUCGACCGGGGUCUGUUCAAUCGCACGUUCUACCGCAACUAUAGGGGAAUGCUCGUGAGCGAGAAGGAGGCCAUGGCGGAUUUCGUGCACACGAAUUACCUCAAAUCAAAGGUGUUUCCAGGGGUGCUGGAACACAUUACUCGCCUUCGCACUGAUGGCUUCCGGAUUGUCCUGGUUACUGGCUCCCUUGAUUUCCUCAUUGAACCCCUUGCUAAGGAUCUUUCUGCAAGUGCAGUUUUUGCUGCGAAGCUGAAGGAGUCUGAUGGCAGGUUUACAGGGGAACUGGAGGGUGAGGCGGUGAGCAGUGCAGAGAAGGCUGCUGUGAUAAGAGGGUAUGCAGAGAGGGAAGGUAUUGCGUUGAAGGACUGCUAUGCAUACGGGGACAGCUACGCCGACUUCCAAAUGCUGCUUGAGGUGGGUCAAGCCUAUGCAGUGCGGCCAGAUGAUCGGCUGCUUGAGCAAGCUAAACAAAGAGGAUGGAUAGUGGUGGAAGAUUACAGCCAACUUGGUGGAGUGGAGGCAGAUGUUUGA